AUUCAAGAUGUCGGACAUUCAUUGCGAAGCUCUCAAGAAAAGAAUCGGCAUUCCUCCUCUUCCUUCUAGGGCUGGACAACCAGGAGGUGUUGGAGGAGGUAAAAGAAAGAGGGAUUAUUCUCCAUUAUCUUGGGAUCAUUUCUUUGAUCGAAAAGACGAUGUCAAAGUCAAUGACAAAGAUACCUUUAGAGUUUACAAGUCAGGUGACCAAGGACCUUUGUUAUUAGUUCUACAUGGUGGUGGUCACUCAGCUCUGUCAUGGGCACUUUUUACGGAAUCAGUCACUUCCCUUUGUAUAUGUCAAGUCCUUGCUGUGGAUAUGCGUGGACAUGGUGAUACUCAUACAGAGGAUAAUGUAGACUUAUCAGCAGAUGUUCUUGCUAAAGAUAUAGGAGACCUCAUACAAUCAAUGUAUGGAGACAGACCACCACCAAUAUUAUUGAUAGGACAUAGCAUGGGUGGAGCAAUAGCUGUCCAUGUUGGUGUCCAAAACUUUCUUCCUUCUGUGGUUGGUCUUGCAGUCAUUGAUGUAGUAGAAGGUACUGCAUUAGAUGCAUUAUCUUCCAUGCAAAACUUUCUUAAAGGCAGACCACAAUCCUUUAAGUCAAUAGAACAAGGUAUCGAAUGGAGCAUAAGAAGUGGCCAAGUUCACAAUGUAAAAUCAGCAAGAAUAUCAAUGGUCGGACAGCUAAUAAGGUGUGAUGGCAAUAGUAAUAAACCAGAUCUCGUUCAGCCUGCUAUCCAUAUUGCUCAUACAACAGACACCAUAAAGGAAGAAGAUGAAGAGAAUGCAGAUGAACCAGGACAACCCCAAGCCAAAAAUCAAAAACAAUCAACUUCUAAUAAUAGUGGAUCCUUUGUCCCAGAGAAAUCUGAAGAGUGUUGGAAAUGGAGGAUCGAUCUUUCAAAAACUGAACAAUUCUGGGAAGGUUGGUUUGUUGACAUGUCAAAACUUUUCUUAUCUUGUACAGUACCAAAACUUCUCCUGCUGGCAGGUAUAGAUCGCCUAGAUAGAGAACUGACCAUAGGACAAAUGCAAGGCAAGUUUGAAAUGCAGGUUCUUCCUCAUUGUGGCCACUGUGUUCACGAGGAUGCCCCAGAUAAGGUUGCUGAAGUAAUAGCGUCAUUUCUCCUACGAUACAAACUUACAGAAGCCAAGGGGAAUUUUGAAAGGCAUUUCCCCGCAUGCUGAGAGGUGAAAUAGUGGCAUUUUAACUGAAAGAUCUAGAGCUUCAUUAUAUCAAGCAAAGGUUACAUUAACCUCACGUAGCAAUCUUCGAUAUGUCGUAAACAGUAUACUUAGUUUCUUUCUUUGUAUGUAUACGAAAAAUAUUACAAAGUAUUUUAAAGUUGUAUCUAUUUAUACACCUAAUUCAAAAAACCUUGUCAUCGCCAAAGGCGAUAGGCAAUAGUUGAAAAGCGAUAGGAUAUAUGUCAUUCCAAGAUCCAAGAAUAGCUGGAAUGACUUGUUUCUUCUUCUUCUUCUCGUCAAGAGUAUGGACCUUAGUGUUGAGACUGAUUCGAUGUUCUUUGUAUUCAACAAAACCAUUUCCAUGUCGGAAUGAACUAUCGCCAAUCGCCUUUGGUGAUGACAACGUUUUUUGAAUUAGGUGUAUAUCUAUGCAAACGUUAGAAGAGAAGCUUGGUCGUUAUUCGAAUCAUUUCUACCCAGUUAUUUUACGUCAAACGUGUAAAAGAAGCGAAAUAAAGAUGAAGAAAAGUCUU